CCGGGCCAGGGCGCAGCGGGAGCCCCUCAGUCAGCCACUCCCCCCACCGUCCAGCCCCCGCCGUCCCCAGCCUGCAGCCGGGCCGUCGGGUGGGGGCUGACACCGCCCCUGCACGGAGGCCGGCUGCGCGCGGGGCGGGGAGCGGCGGGCGGAGGGCCCCGUGGAACCCGCCCCCUCCCGCGCGGUGGCGGUGGCGGUGGCGGCGGCGGCGCCGGGAGCUGCCCCCGAGGCCGCCGCCCGGCCCCCGCCCGCGCGUCUGCGCGCCCAGCCCGGGGCGCCGAGCUCCGCCCGCGCCGGAGGCCCCUGCGCGCAGCUCCGGGUGCCGGCAGCCGGGCCGGCCGAGGCGGUGCGGGGGUGGGACGCGGGCGGCCGCGGCGAGCGGCGCUGCCCGGGCCGGGCGCGCACGGCGGGCGCCCUGUGAGCUGCCCCGAUGUGGCAGGAGGCGAUGCGGCGCCGCCGCUACCUGCGGGACCGCGCCGAGGAGGCGGCGGGCGGCGGAGACGGGCUGCCGCGGUCCCGGGACUGGCUCUACGAGUCCUACUACUGCAUGAGCCAGCAGCACCCGCUCAUCGUCUUCCUGCUGCUCAUCGUCAUGGGCUCCUGCCUCGCCCUGCUCGCCGUCUUCUUCGCGCUCGGGCUGGAAGUUGAAGACCAUGUGGCGUUUCUAAUAACAGUUCCAACUGCCCUGGCGAUUUUCUUUGCGAUAUUUAUCCUGGUCUGCAUUGAGUCUGUGUUUAAGAAGCUGCUGCGCCUCUUCUCGUUGGUGAUAUGGAUAUGCCUUGUUGCCAUGGGAUACCUGUUCAUGUGUUUUGGAGGCACUGUCUCUCCCUGGGACCAGGUAUCGUUCUUCCUCUUCAUCAUCUUCGUGGUGUACACCAUGCUACCCUUCAACAUGCGAGACGCCAUCAUUGCCAGUGUCCUCACCUCCUCCUCCCACACCAUCGUGCUUAGCGUCUGCCUGUCUGCAACACCGGGAGGCAAGGAGCACCUGGUCUGGCAGAUCUUGGCCAAUGUGAUCAUUUUCAUCUGCGGGAACCUGGCGGGAGCCUACCAUAAGCACCUCAUGGAACUUGCUCUUCAGCAAACGUAUCAGGACACCUGUAAUUGCAUCAAGUCCCGGAUCAAGUUGGAAUUUGAAAAACGUCAACAGGAGCGGCUUCUGCUCUCCCUGCUGCCGGCCCACAUUGCCAUGGAGAUGAAAGCCGAGAUCAUCCAGAGGCUGCAGGGCCCCAAGGCGGGCCAGAUGGAGAACACAAAUAACUUCCACAACCUGUACGUGAAGCGGCAUACCAACGUGAGCAUCUUAUACGCUGACAUCGUUGGCUUUACCCGGCUGGCAAGUGACUGCUCCCCGGGAGAACUAGUCCACAUGCUGAAUGAGCUCUUCGGAAAGUUUGAUCAAAUUGCAAAGGAGAAUGAAUGCAUGAGAAUUAAAAUUUUAGGAGACUGCUACUACUGUGUAUCUGGACUCCCUAUAUCUCUCCCUAACCAUGCCAAGAACUGUGUGAAAAUGGGGCUGGACAUGUGUGAAGCCAUAAAGAAAGUGAGGGAUGCUACUGGAGUUGAUAUCAACAUGCGUGUGGGCGUGCAUUCUGGGAAUGUCCUGUGUGGCGUGAUUGGUCUGCAGAAGUGGCAGUAUGAUGUGUGGUCACAUGAUGUGACCUUGGCCAACCACAUGGAAGCUGGAGGGGUCCCUGGACGUGUUCACAUUUCUUCCGUCACCCUGGAGCACUUGAAUGGCGCUUAUAAAGUGGAGGAGGGAGAUGGUGACAUUAGGGACCCAUAUUUAAAACAGCACCUGGUGAAAACCUACUUUGUAAUCAACCCCAAGGGAGAACGACGGAGCCCCCAGCAUCUCUUCAGACCUCGCCACACCCUCGACGGAGCCAAAAUGAGGGCCUCGGUCCGCAUGACCCGGUACUUGGAGUCCUGGGGGGCGGCCAAGCCCUUUGCACACCUACAUCACAGGGACAGCAUGACCACAGAGAACGGCAAGAUCAGCACCACGGAUGUACCCAUGGGUCAGCAUAAUUUUCAAAAUCGCACCUUAAGAACCAAGUCACAAAAGAAGAGAUUUGAAGAAGAAUUGAAUGAAAGGAUGAUUCAAGCAAUUGAUGGGAUUAAUGCACAGAAGCAAUGGCUCAAGUCUGAAGACAUUCAGAGAAUCUCACUGCUUUUCUAUAACAAAGUACUGGAAAAAGAGUACCGGGCCACGGCACUGCCAGCGUUCAAGUAUUAUGUGACUUGUGCCUGUCUCAUAUUCUUCUGCAUCUUCAUUGUGCAGAUUCUCGUGCUGCCAAAAACGUCCGUCCUGGGCAUCUCCUUUGGGGCUGCGUUUCUCUUGCUGGCCUUCAUCCUCUUCAUCUGCUUUGCUGGACAGCUUCUGCCUUGCUGGAAUCCCACGCCCUGCUGCCGCUGCCAUAACUCCUCCUGUGGUCAGCCUGAAGCCCCGCAAUGCAGCAAAAAAGCCUCUCCCCUGCUCGUGUGGCUUUUGAAGUCCUCGGGCAUCAUUGCCAACCGCCCCUGGCCACGGAUCUCUCUCACGAUCAUCACCACAGCCAUCAUAUUAACUAUGGCCGUGUUCAACAUGUUUUUCCUGAGUGACUCAGAGGAAACAAUCCCUCCAACGGCCAAUACAACAAACACAAGCUUUUCAGCCUCAAAUAAUCAGGUGGCGAUUCUGCGUGCGCAAAAUUUAUUUUUCCUCCCGUACUUUAUCUACAGCUGCAUUCUGGGACUGAUAUCCUGUUCCGUGUUCCUGCGGGUAAACUACGAGCUGAAGAUGUUGAUCAUGAUGGUGGCCUUGGUGGGCUACAACACCAUCCUACUCCACACCCACGCCCAUGUCCUGGGCGACUACAGCCAGGUCUUAUUUGAGAGACCAGGCAUUUGGAAAGACCUGAAGACCAUGGGCUCUGUGUCUCUCUCUAUAUUCUUCAUCACACUGCUUGUUCUGGGCAGACAGAAUGAAUAUUACUGUAGGUUAGACUUCUUAUGGAAGAACAAGUUCAAAAAAGAGCGGGAGGAGAUAGAAACCAUGGAGAACCUGAACCGCGUGCUGCUGGAGAACGUGCUUCCCGCGCACGUGGCUGAGCACUUCCUGGCCAGGAGCCUGAAGAAUGAGGAAAUACAGGGUCCUCAAAUCUACACCUGACUGGGGGCAGCCUACAGCCCUGUAGGAAAAUGAAAGAGCUUGGUUUCAGAGCUCUUCAGACUUGGACCAGCACGGAUGGCUCCACGUUCCGUAACAGGCAUGCCAAGGAUGUUUGGAUGAUGCUCAAGGCCAGUGAUUCCUGCCUGGUAGGCUUGCAGUCUCGCUGCUGACCUGACACGGUUCUCUGGAAGGGAGAAGAGUGGACACUGAACCUUAAAUCAGAGCAUCAUCAUUCCCACUAUGAUGCUGGGAAAUGACAUGAUCGUGUCAUUCUGCUCAGCUGGCGGGCUGCAGGGUUCUCUGUAUUUAAUCACACAAUGCAGAUCUUCCUUUGGCUGUAACAUUUCAAAUUUUACUCCCAAUUUCUGUCUAAAAGGGUAAGCAAUGGGGGUGAUGGCUACUCUAGCAGCCAUUGUAAGACUUGGGGACUAAACUAUAAAAAGGAGCCCCCAGUCCCCACCACAAUCAGAGCAGCCACAUGCUGUCUCCUCAAGGACCCUGUACUCCCCCAGGGGAGGUUUGCUAGCCAGUUGCAGGAACAGUGAGUGUGGGGAGAUUCUGGAGGCUUCAGUCCCCAUGGGAACAGCACUGCAUGCAAAACACAGCCCACACAAAGGGCCUGAGCAAGAAAGAGAGGCACCAACCCCCUGCCAAAAGUUCUCAGAGUUCCCACAGUGAGUCUCAGAAAGGGAGAGUUUUGUUUGGUUCUGAAAACACAUAAUGAGGGUGUUAUAAGGAGAGCCACCUGCGUGCAUAAAGCAUAGCAAAGUCGUGCCCCUCCCUUCUGUGGAAUGUCCCCUAUGGCCGUUGGACCCUGCUGCCCUAAAGUAGCCUCCUCACUGGACAGAAGAAUCAAUUUCCUUGACCUAAUGAUGUAAUAUUAACCUUGCAAUCCCAGACCAGGUGGGGCUAAUAUUGUGUGGCCUUGCACAGCUGAAUGAUAACGGUGCCCAUGCUGUUUAAGAGUGUAGCUAUCAUCAAGGUUUCUGUCCCCUCUACAGUGUCAGGACCAAAUACUGACAUCCUGCCUGAGCUCUUUCCCUCCCUAAGGUUUCCCUGAGCAGAAGCCCUACCCCUUACUGAACCUGCAUGGCAAAGUGUGGCUGAUGCUGGGACCAAAGAAGUCCCUGCAGACAAGAGCAGCGCUUCUGAAAGUGAAGGACCACCUGCAGCACCUGCUAAACAGGCUAUUCCUGGUCCCCACACAAGCCUUCCUUGACAUCCUGGGCCCUGAGAGGUGACUGAGAGCAAAGCAUCUGUCCCAGCCCUGGCACCUCUUGGUUGUGGGGCCUCAGAGUCCUCUCAGAGACCAUUACCAAUUUUUGAAGCAAUAAUUUAGAUGAAGCUCUUAGAACUGUGCAUGGCAUGUAGUAAAUACUGUUAGCUAUCUUUUAAGCAAAUAUCCCAGAUUCAUGCAAAACUUAAGAAUCACUGCCCCUGGGAAUUGAUCAAAAGCUUUCAGAAAGGGCUCCUGCCCAACAUUUUUAGAGCCCGAAUAAAGUGGAAAACAAAACUCAAUGUAAUCACUUCGCUCCCGUUCCUGGCAUUGGAUAAAAAGCACUGUGGGCAGCGUCUGCUUUCCCAGCCCCCUCUCAGCAGGGUGGGCCAAGCCCUGAUGCUGAGUGCUCAGUGCCUCUGAAUGCAGAGGUCCCGGGGGAGGCUUCUGGGGUGUGGGGUGGAUGGGAGCAGGCCCUCAGCCCCUUUGUGUAGGUUACCCCGGCAUCCACCACACUAAUCCAUUUCCACUAAACUCUUGGUGAUACUGCUCUGUGAGUCUUCUGGAAAUAACACAGGAAAACAAGACUUUGGCAAAAGCAAAUAUAGCUAUACUUCACCAAUAUUGCCGGUUUGGUUCCAGACCUCUGCAAUAAAGUGAAUAUCACUAUCAAGCAAGUCACAAAUUUUUGCUUUCCCAGCACAUGUGAAGAUUAUGUUUACACUAUACUGUAUGUUUUAAGUAUUCAAUAGCAUUAUGUGUAAAAAAAUGUACAUACCUUAACUUUAAAAUACUUUGUUGCAAAAAAUGCUGACAUGGACACACAAAAUGAGCACAUGCUGUUGGGAAAAUGGUGCCAUUAGACUUGGUCAAGGGAGGGCAGCAGCAAACAUUCACUUUGUGAAAGACGCAAUAUCUGUGCACUGCAAUAAAGCAAGACGCAAUACAACAAGGUCUACCUAUAAGCCAAAAAAAAAAAAGGACUUGAAGUCAUGUUUUAUUUCCCUGCAUGGGAUCAGCUUAUACCUGCAUCCUUUCUGACUUAACUAGUGAAAUACUUCAUGCAUAAACAGGAUGGGAGCUGCUUCCCUGCAGAAUCACUGCCCUGAGGAUGAAUGGCCUCCUGGGACCAAAACCGACAGGUCAGGACUCUGGGAGAGACCAGGCAGGCAGUUCCAUUCCUCUCUGUGGCACAACCUGUGGUUGCUGAUGACUUUUUGAGUCCGGGGCAGGGCGUCUUUGGAUAGCCUCCACUCCAUGGCUUCUGGAACAAUCCUUGGAAAAUGGCACAGCUUAUGCCAAGACCUGCAUUAACACAGAUCAUGUCAUUUUUGCUCUCCUACCCACUGCAUCAAUGCACAAAGGAAAUUAAUUUCCCUUCAGAAAUAGGGAGUCAAGAAUGAUGUAAUCGCUGUAACAAUCAAUUCUGAAAAGGUUUUAUUUCAAUGGAGAAGUGCUCAUAGGCCUGUGCUCGGGCUCAUGGGCAUAGGGUUGGCUGCCUGUGUCUACCCUGGCUUUGCAGUGCCUCUUCUUUCUCCUGGGCACUUGUGUUACUUAAAACUUCCUGAAGCUUCUCCAUCAGCUGCUAACUGUCAUGGCCAGAUUCAGCCCACACAACCCUCAGGCUCAUCAGGAGAGUUCUGUGCACCCAGAUGGGAGCCUUCUCUCUUUCGGAAGCCUGU